GGACCCCUCCCGCUUCGCAGCGCUGCUCGGGGCGCCUCGGUGCUCCCGGGCUCCUCUCUCGGGCCUUUGUCAUUCAUCCCGCGUUUGCUGAGCACUCGCUGUGUUCCCGGCACUGCCCUAGGUGCAGCAGGUGCAGCCUUGAACACGGCCCUUGAAGGACAUAAGCAACGUUCUGGGAGUGACCAGGGGGCUGCUUUAGAGUGAGGAGUCCUUAGGCCCGACACGGCAGCUGAGACCUGAAUGCCCUGAAACGAACCAGCCUGCGGAGCUUUUCCGGUGGAAGGUGUGGCCCGCGCCAACGCAGGGGCCUGGGACAGAGUUAAUCACACUCUCUUAGUUCUAAGUCCUCUGGUGCAGGACUUACCAGCCUGAGUGGCCCUGCCCAGCACAGUGCCGACAUAGACUUAAUGAACGAAACACAUUGAAAGCACUCCUUAUACUACAAAACAUUUCUCAGUGUUAAUUAUUUCGUGGGUCACACAGCUCUUGGCUACUAGGGAAGUUGGAACUAGGGUAUGGUCUUCCAAGCCCAGAGGGUCCCGUGUAGCUCCUGAAGCCAGAGGUCCUUCACAUCCUCUGUAAAGCCACAUCCCCUUUCAGAGCUGGGGUUGCAAAUGACACUGGCAAGUCUCACCCCAAAGUUGCUGGAGAGAAGCUGCUUCCACUGGAAGAAAAAGAUGGAGAAUAGAAUCGACAGUGUUCCUUGUUGUCAUUGUUGUUAUGAACAGUCUUCAUUGUUUUUUUAUUGUUUUUUCCACGGAGUGAUUUUGGCUGCUUAGAGUUGUACCCACCUGGUGAUCAAGACUGGGACCGCUGUCUUGCUAAAGUUGGAGAAGACAGCUAUGAUUCUGUCUGAACCAUUUCCUAGUGGUGUGACCUUGAGUAACCCAACCUCUCUGGGCUUUGCUUCCUUUAUUUGCAGGAGGGACGGGUUAUUGGACAAGCCUCAUAGCUCAUACUCUGCUGAAGAAACAAAGGUCUCAUGCAUAGGGGGCGCACAGCAAGUCUGGAGUCAGGAGGGUGACAGCGGCUGCUGUUUGCAGAGCCUCUGCUCCAUGCGUGGCACUGUGCCAGUCCGCGUCUCAGCAGGCUCAUGAACGUGUUUGUAUCAGCGUUUUACAGGGGGGUUGAGUGACUUUGCCCAGGUCUCCUAAGGUGUGGCUGCCCUCCACCUGUUGAAUGUGACCCCGGCUUUUUGGGUUUGGUCCACAAAACCUAAGCAGAAUGCAGCAGCAUGCUGGUAUUCCGUAGCUGAUCUCAUUGGGAUGGCGUAAAUUCUCCCUGGCUUCGCAACAGCGUAAUUUUGCUGUCUGGUCACCUGAGAUACCCUUUGAGCCCCCGCUCUUCCUUGGGAAGCCAGGAAAGCAAAGCAGCAACUGGAAGCCAUUUGUGUCAAGGUCACAUCUGCAGAAAUGAAAGAUCAGGAAAGGCCAGUGCCCCCACUGGCCACCAUCCAGCCCAAGCCAGCCCUGAGCCAGCUGCCCGCCAGGACUUCCAGGGUGCUGGGGCUCCGGCCGCAGCCCCUCCUGAGCACCGGGCCCCGGCCGCGCUUCUUGAGCAGCUCGCUUCCCGUUCAGCUGUUGGCGCAGGGGCCCCUGCCGGCCCUCCAGCCCCCGGCUGCCAGUGGACGGGGUGCCACGCCGUCCCCUUCGCCGGCCCCUGACCCUCCGGCGCUCGCGUCUGUGUCACCCAGCCCAGCGAAUUUCUUUCUUUCCGGCUUGCCCACAGAACACACCGAGAAACUCAAGAAGUCCUUAAAAGUGAAAACACGUUCUGGGCGGAUAUCUCGACCUCCCAAGUAUAAAGCUAAAGAUUAUAAAUUCAUAAAAACGGAGGAUUUGGCCGACGGGCACCUGUCCGAUUCUGACGACUAUUCCGAACUGAGUGUGGAAGACGAUGACGAGCAGAGGGAAAAGCAGGUGCUCUUCGACCUGUCCGGCUGCUCCCUGAGGCCCAAGGCUUUCAAGUGUCAGACGUGUGAGAAGUCCUACAUCGGAAAGGGGGGCCUGGCCCGGCAUCUGAAACUGAACCCAAGCCACGGCCGGUUGGAGCCUGAGGUGAUGCUGUCUGAGAAAGCCAAUGGGAGCGUGACUCGAGGCAGGACCGCUGGCCUGAUGUCACCGGAGCCGUCCACACCAGCCCUUCGAAGCGAGGAAGGGGCCCAGUCUCCAGGGGCUGGCCCGCAGAAUAGCCAGUCUCUAGAAGUUGAAGAGGCCUUGGUGUCUGAACCAGAAAACGGAAGUUACUCAGCCCUUCUGGGAUCCGAGACACACCCAGACCCCAGAAGUGACUUGUCCGUGGCCCUGACGGAGGCCAGCACAGCCAUCGUCGGGCGAAGCAGAGCGGCUCACCCAGCCAGGGGUGCCCGUGCAGCGGGGGUACAGAGCGCUUCAAGAGCCCGAGCUGGGCUCAAGGAGUUUCUGCACCAGUGUGACCGGGACGCGCUGGUAGAGUUGGCGCUGCCGCAGCUGGCCCAGGCCGUGAGCGUGUACGAGUUUCUGCUGAUGAAGGUUGAAACAGGUCAUCUAGCAAAACCUUUGUUCCCAGCUGUGUAUAAGGAAUUUGAAGAGUUGCAUAAAAUGGUUAAGAAGAUGUGUCAAGACUACCUCAGUGGUGCUGGUCUGUGUUCCCGGGAGCCUCUGGAAAUAAGCAACAGUAAGGUGGCCGAGUCUUUGGGACUCACUGAGUUCCUGAGGAAACAGGAGGCACACGUGCGGUGCGGGGAGCCGGGCCUGGCCGAAGCGGAGGACGGCCACCAGCAGAAGCGGGGACAUGAGACUGCAGAGGAGGGACUGGCCUGGGCGAAGAGGACCAGAAGAGAAGCCCCGGCCCCGGCCCCGGCCAGCCCAGAGCCUCCCGCCGACCGCGGAGGCCCGCAGAAGCCCCCCGCCUGCGCCCCGGCCACCAGCAAGGGUUGUGCCCCUCACGUAAGUGGGAGCGGCUCUUACGACUCAGCGGAAAGCCACACGACGCUGGUUUCCAAGAGUGACAGAAGCGUGUUGCCUGCAGACGAGCAGCUCAAAGCCCUUGCUGACUUAGAGGCCAAGAGUGGGUCCGCAGCUCCUGUUCUCUCGCAUCAGCACGUCCGCGGGCCGAGUCUUUGUCCUCCGUUAGAAGAGCCCAGGACUCAGACGCAGGGACAGGUGGCAGCAUUCCCUGAAGAGAAUAUUCCGGAACACUCUGUAGCCUGGAAGGUGGGGGACAGCCUCAGGCCCCGGGCUCUCUGCGGCACCUUGACGCCCACUGGAGGAGCAGACUCCCUGCCGCCUUCUGGGUCUGGAAGCCUCGAGAUGCAGGACUCCCCCCAGAGAGGCCAGCGGUCCAGCCCUAGCCACGUCCUGCUUAUGGAGGACACAGGCCCUCCACCGGCGAGGGUUCUGUCUGUGGACACGGUGCCAGCUGACUGUGCCCACAGGACUGUGCGGGAGCGGGGGCUGGGCCAGGCGGGGUCACCGUCCUCUGACGGGGGUCAGGGAAGUCAGGCAGGGGAUUCGCACCCCUUCCCCUGUGGGCCCGAGGCCUCUGCUGACCAGGGAGGACUGGAGAGUAUUAUUGCUGUGGGUGAAGCUGUGGCUUUUGAAAUUACCCACAGGUGCCACGAGUUGUCUCAGGGACAAGAACCGCUAUUUAUUCAGAGCUCCGAUGGGCUGAUCUUGUCCCAUCUGGGUUCCCUAGUGUCUGGGCAGGAGGACCUCGUCCUGGUGGCUGGUGCGGAUGGGCCCGCCCUGCACACGGGCCCCCGGGAAGGGGCUUCCCCAGAAGGCCCAGAGGCAGAGGCCGCCCAGUGAAGUCGGACCGCGGUCCGGACGUGCGGGUAUUUUAGCUGGAGAAGGUCUACUUGAAGUAAUGUAUAUUUUUCUAUGGUGAAUACGGAUGCAAAUGAAAGUCUUAUUUAUAAAGAUAAUGUCUUUCUA